AUGACUAUUAAAGUGUACUCUCUGAAGGAGAUCCUUGAGGGGAGCUUCGUCUUCGAGUCCACCAAGAAACACGCAGCCUGGGCUUCUUUCAUCGAUGGAUACAAUAAACUCGCGGCGAGCGAAGAGAUCCCAAACUGUCUCUCGAUCCAACUCACCGGUGUCGCAAUUCCCCACGCAGGCAACAUCUUCACCAUCUCUUGCGUCUGGGCCGAUGAGGACCACGAUGGAGGCCGUAAGUGGAUGAAAAAGAUUAGCGCCCUAGGUAAUUGCGUCAGGGAAGUUAUCAAGACAAACAGCUGGUCGGCCCACUGUGAAGAAAAAGAAAAGCUCGCUGGAUACGGUGUAUACGGCCGUGCUAGAACUCUCAACUUCAAGGAUUUGACCCCUAAAACUGUUGAGAUCUUUGCUAAGUACAACAAGUCAAUCCCUGGUCCGGGAUCUCUCUUCUCGAUGCAGCUUCAUCGAGACCCUGGGCAUGGUCUCAACUCUGUGUUCUCACAUCGCUGCGAUCACUAUUGGCUUGAGAUCAUCGCCACUUCUCGGGAAGAAGCAGGCGCUGAGGCGGCGAACGAGUGGGCCCACAGUCUGCAGAGAGACCUUGUUGAACAUGACCCUGAGAAUAUACUUGACUCUGCCUACUGA